AUGACCAUAAUAGUUUUUUUGAUCGAUACCUCAGCAUCUAUGAACCAGAGAUGCAAUCUUGGUGGUCGGCCGUCGCUUCUUGAUGUCGCGAAGAGUGCUGUGGAGACUUUCGUCAAGGUGCGGCAAAGGUCGCCGGAGAGCCGCGGGGAUCGCUACAUGUUGCUGACCUUCGAAGAUCCGCCUCAAAAUAUUAAGGCUGGAUGGAAAGAAAAUUUAGCCACUUUUAUGAACGAGCUUAAAAAUCUACAAUGUGUAGGUUUAACUACUUUAGGUGCUGCUUUGAAACAUGCACUGGAUGUAUUGAAUAUAAAUCGUAUGCAAACGGGCAUCGAUACUUAUGGUCAAGGUAGAUGUCCAUUUUAUUUAGAACCAUCAGUCAUUGUCGUUAUCACUGACGGUGGAAAAUACACAACUAAUAGCGGAGUGCAUCAAGAUUUCACUUUACCGAUGCACUCUCCCAUUCCUGGGUCAGAAUUAACGAAAGAGCCAUUCAGAUGGGACCAAAGACUGUUUUCAUUGGUGUUAAGGUUGUCGGGGACUCCAGCCGUAGAAAGAGACACGGGUUUAGUAGCGAGUGAUGCAUCGCCCAUUGAUGCCAUGUGCGAAGUAACCGGCGGUCGUUCCUACUGUAUAACAUCGCACAGGAUGAUGAUGCAAUGCAUAGACUCGCUAGUUCAAAAAGUCCAGUCUGGAGUUGUGAUAAAUUUCGAGAAAAUUGGCCCUGAUCCUCCGCCCUUGGCAAAUGAAGCCCAGCAUCUUGACGAAGAUGAGAACGACGACGAGAAUAAUCCCAUGAAUGGUCCACGAAAUCAGUAUCCUUCCCUCACAGCAGCAGGAAAUAGUGCCUGGCAUUCCUGUCGAAGAUUAAUCUACGUUCCAAGAUCCGCGCAAAAGGGUUUCGCGGUUGGCUUCUGGCCGAUUCCCGAAAGUUUUUGGCCCGAUUUAAAUGCCAGCACGCUGCCGCCUAGAUCGGCACAUCCAAACGUCAAGUUCACUUGCACGAGUCAGGAACCCAUGGUGAUAGAAAAUUUACCGUUUGACAAAUACGAACUGGAACCAAGUCCUCUCACGCAAUUUAUCCUGGCAAGGAAGCAGCCAACCAUCUGCUGGCAGGUCUUUGUGGCAAAUUCUUAUAAAACGAGCGACGUUGGUCAUCCCUUUGGAUACUUGAAAGCCAGCACAAAUUUGACCUGCGUCAAUCUUUUUGUCAUGCCUUAUAAUUAUCCCGUACUUCUACCUCUUUUGGAGGAACUUUUCAAGGUUCAUAGGCUCAAACCUACAAACGAGUGGAGGACGCAGUUUACGAAUUACAUGAGGACAAUGCCUACUUAUUAUUCGGCUUCUUUGAGAAGAGCACUUACAAGAAUGGGAGCGCCAGCACCACUUGCUCAAACUAUAAUUCCUGACCAAAUGGACAAUUCCUUGAGCUACAGCGUCUUAAAUUAUUUGAAGCGGUUAAAAAAUCAAGCGAAACUCGAAUUCGAUCGACUUUGUAAUGAAGUUAUAUCGAAGCAGGUCGCUAAUGCGGGUUUGAACAAGAAUAUUGUCAAUGGUAAUACGACGGCAGUGACGGAGGGUGUAAGAGUUAUUCCCAGAACACCUCUGAAAAAAGAUUUGGUGUCGCAUCCUUUGUUGCAAGACAAGUUCACCGGACUUCGCGAUCAACUCAACGAGUUUGGUGGCUUUGUGGUCGGAUUGGUGCGAAAUCAGCAGCAGCAGAGAGGAGCUCAAAGCUACAGAAAUGCGUUCGAUGUGCCGAGAAAGUCGCUCCUGGACCAAGUAGUUCGAAUGCGUGCUAACUUUUUGCAACCUGGAUUACUACAUACCAAGCUACUAGAUGACGAUUAUGUGCAUUCUAUGCCCGUCGCGCAGAUGGGCAACUAUCAAGAAUACCUGAAACGCAUGACGCCCCCAUUAAGAGAAAUAGAAAGUGUACCCGUCAGACAACACAUGUUUGGUAAUCCUUUCAAGAUCGACAAAAGGAUGAUGGUGGACGAGGCGGACAUAGAUAUGGUGGGAGCGACGUCUUCAGCAUCGAAAGGAGGUUUGAAGAGAGCUCUAGCAGCUUCGGAUGGUGGAGGUUCUCCAGCAUCGAGGCCGCCUCCAAACAAACGAAAACCAGGACCAAUUCCGAAGGAUGUGACUGUGAAGCGUCCGCUGAAAUCGACUGCAAGUACGCCUGCAAGUACACCUUCGAGUUCGCCUAUUCCCUGGAUGGAAGAUAUCAAGCCACCACUUUUAGUCCCGCCCAACUUAAGUGUAAUAUGUAACGCGAAUUUCGAUGUGCCCAGUGCCCCGAGUUCGCCCUAUCCAAAUUCUCCGGAGAAGCUAGUAAACGGCAUUUCGGAAAUGCCGACGAUUCCGGUCUUUGAGCCGAUUUCGGUGGAACCAUUAAUAAGUAAUCAUUCGGAUACGCCGCCGAUAUUAACUCCUGUUGUAAAUAAUGUUGAUGUUGCGAAGCACGAAGUGAAACCUGAAAGGACCGACAAUACGGAGUUGGAGUGCACGAAAUUGACGGUUAAUGAUAGUGUUGCUAAUCAAAACAGUGUUAAAGUUAAAUGUGUUGGCGAGGAACCAUUAACGAAUCAUGUGGAUGAGAAGAGGGAGAAGGAGAAGGUCGAGAAGGAGAGACCGUUGACCAAGAAGGAGAUUGAAGAUAUUAGGAAACAUAACUUGUCCGUCAGGGAACUCGUGUAUAAGGAAGUACGAAGAAAGGGAACAAAUUAUGCCAGCUUAUUUUCACAUUUGUACCAAAUCCAAGGUACUUUAGACAUACGGCUCGCAUUUGUGAAGGACAUUGUUAAAGAAUCUCUACGAUUUAAAAGGCGGAAUUUAGCAGCAUUAUUAGAAGAUUACUUGAAAACCGUGCAAGAAGACGGCUGGGUAAUGAAUCACAAGAUGAAUCACAACGGUGCCACGAGAAUAAGUUAAGCUUUUUCGCGGUCUGCUGGGGCAUUAGUGAAAUGGGAAUCUACGCGGAAGAUUUCUUCGUCCAGAAGGAAAGAUUGAGUCGCCAAUACAAAAAGCAUUAAUCCUCAACCUCGUAAGAUAAUAAAAAUAGAACGUCUCGCGGAUCGUAAAUUGUACAUUUGUAAUUGAGUGACCAGUGAAAAUCUAAUUGAGGCGAAACAAAUUUUAAUUGUACAAAGGCUACUUAAAUCCUUACGUAUGGUGCAAAUUCAAUUGAUAUAAAAUAAACGGCUCGAUUCAGAGUUUAUAAUAACGCGAUUCGGUAUUUAAAAAAAAAAGAAAGAAAUAAAGAAUUAAAUACGGCCGUUUGUAAACACUCGCGAAAUCCAUAUCACACAUCAUAGACAAAAAAUAUCACACAACAUCAAUUGUAUUUUCUCGCGAUUACCAAUCUUUAUUUAUUUUUCCCGGGCAUAAUUCUUGUGAUCGAAGCAGCGGCUAAAUUUUAAGUUUUACAUAUUGCUUUAAGGUAUAUUUCUAGAGAUGUUUAUCCAUGUACAUUCUGUUAUAUAUAUAUAUAUAUAUAUAUAUAUGUAUACACUUUUUUUUUCUUGACGUAAGACAGUCAAAAAUUUUAAGGUCGAGUCUUAAGGUCUGUUAAUUACUUAAAACACAACGACGAUUUGAAAAAAAAGAAUGCGCAAGCAGUAAGAUCAAGUUCUGGAGAACGGAUUUUUUUGGUUUUAUUUUGUUGGAAAAUGACGUGUUGUAAAAAAAUCCGUAUUUUGUAAUUAAAGGAGGGAAAAAAGGAAACACCGCACAUUUUACCAUGUAUUAUAGUAAAUUAAAAUAUCUGAAAAUAGA